AGUUACAUUGAAAUCGAGUGAGCUUGCGUCUCACCUUCAGUGUUAUAACGUCGACCGAGGAGAGAACAACGUUUACAAGCUGCUAACCAGAUACAAACAUGACACUCGAAGGCAAAGCGGCUGUUGUAAUUGGAGGGACCGGUGGAAUUGGUGUCGAAAUCUGUAAAAAAUUGCUAUCGAGUGGGAUUUCUAAAUUAGCUAUCCUCGACGUUAAUGAACUUCCACCUGAAGCCAUUGCCAAUAUCACAAGUUGCAAUCCAACGGCAGAGUUUGUGUCAGCCAGAUGUGACAUCACAAACAAAUCGAACUUAGAGGAUGUGAUCCGUUCUCAAGUGAUGGAAAAGUUCGGAUACAUCGAUUUGCUCGUGAAUUCGGCUGGAACUGUUGAUGAGCGAGACCCAGGAAGGUUGAUUGCAAUCAAUUUGACAGGAGUUGUAAAUAGUUCACUGUUGGCAUUGAAGUUGAUGUCGAAGGAACAUUCCGGUGGCAGAGGUGGCACAAUAGUGAACAUAUCUUCGGUUGCGGGUUUGGAACCAACGCCUUUCCUGUGUGUGUAUUCAGCUUCCAAGUUCGGUGUGACGGGUUUCACUAGGAGUCUAGCCGAUGAUCUGAUCUACAAACGAACGGGAGUGAAAUGCAUCACCAUUUGUCCAGGAAUAACGGAUACCACAUUGCUGUCCAAGUUUUUCGCUGGAGAAGAUCUACUGUUUCCAUGGAUGGGUAGCAUAGCUACUGAGGUUAAGAAGAAUUAUCAGUCACAGAGUCCAAGCGCUGUUGGUGAAUGUAUUGUCAAAGCUGUUUCAGAGGGCGAUAACGGAUCAGUGUGGAUUGUGAAUGGAGGUUUGAGCUAUAAAUUGGAUAUUUCCGCAAAUCAAUUUGUGAUGCCAAGUUCAACCGAAAUUUCAGAAUGAUAAUUUUCUUAAAAUACUUAUAUGCGUAGUUUUAUGUACUGUUUUAAUUCUAAUCGAGAUCGUGACGAUUCAAGCGCGAAAAGUCACUUUAAUAAAGUUAAUGUUAGUAUUCCAA